UAUUAUUCAAGGCCGGGAAGGAGAGGGGGUUUUCAGCUCCGAAAUCCGUGCCGCUGCGUUUCACGCAAUGGCCGCUAGAUGUCUCUCUCAUGUGCAGUAAAAGCGGCAAUUCAACACGGAGUUGUAUGCGCAGUGUGGUCGAUUUGUAAUGUAUUACGAGUGUUCGGCAUACUGUGUAUGUUAUUUUGCAUUAAAAAUGUGUUUUUUAAAAAUUAUAUUAGGUGUUGAAAAUGUGUAAGUAACAAAAUUAUGUAUGUAGGACAUUGUAAAUAUGAUAUAAUUAUUCAGAAACUUGUAGGGCGAUUGUACAAUAUUCAAAUAUAAUUUCACAUGUGUGUUAAUUCCCGCCAUUCGAAAUGGUUUACUGUUGCGUGCCAAACUGCACGUCUGAGUCUUCAAAAUGUGAUAAAAAAGUGACUUUCCAUACAUUUCCUAUACAGACUGAACUAAAGGAUAGGUGGCGAACAGCGAUUUCAAGGCAGGGUAAAACAGCUGGAUCUCUCUGGUCUCCGUCUUCGAGUUCACGAGUUUGUAGUUUACACUUCAGGACAUCUGAUUUCAGCAUAAGUACAACAAGAAAAAGAUUACUUCCAAAUGUGGUCCCUACAUUGUUCCAAGGGUAUCCUCUGCACAAACAGAGCAAAUUACCGAAACGAAGUCCAGCUUCUAGAUCCGAUGUAAGCCCGCAAAUUAAACGAAAAAAAGUGUGUAUACAAAAUGAAAACAAGGAGCUUGCAUUCUUGUCUGAAGAUAAGAUUGAAGUCAAAGAAGUAGGAAUUCAAGUAUCAUCGUUUUUUCCAUGCAGACCUAAACUCACAGCCAUAAAACACAAGUACAAACUCGUCAAACAGUCUAAUGGCCGACUCAUUCAAACUGUCAGUAGAUUGAGGAAACAAAUUAAGGAACUGAAAAAAGAAAAUAACGGCAAAAAUAAUAAACACCUGGAGAAAAUUGAAAAAAUAGAAAAAGAUGGAAAAAAUGGAAACUUAAAAGCACUAUUCUUGUUAGAGCAAAUUGAUAGCUAUGGAAAACAGCAUGUUGUUUAUGGUGAAACAACUCUCAAAAUUUGUGUACUUUGGCACAGGAAAGCAGCAGCUGGGUAUCGUUUCAUAAGAUCAAUGAACUGUUUGAAACUUCCUCAUGAAAAAACGUUGAGGGGUUAUAUUGGAUGUGCGAGUGGUGAAACUGGUAUAACUUCAGUAAUUAAAGAACGCCUUAUUUAUGAGGUCAGCAAUUUGAAUCACUCAGAAGAAAAGUUAGGUUCGCUGAUAAUAGAUGAGAUGGCGAUCAAGGCAAAAGUAAGUUAUGAUCGCAACCUUGACCAGUUCCUUGGAUAUUCAGAGGCAGAAAUUGAGGAGAUGGGUGUAAGUGAUAAAAUAGCCAACAGACUAUUGUGCUUCAUGUUUCGCGGCCUCUCCACUCCCAUCCGAAUUCCCGUCGCGUUUUAUUUUACUCGUCAAUUAACAGGACCUCAGCUGUGUAAAUUAACCAAAAAGGUGAUCGAAGAAGUAGAAGAAACAGGUUUUGAAAUUCUGCGAAUAGUUACUGAUAACUCUUCGGUAAAUGUUAGCAUGAUGAAGGAGGUGUGUGGCGGCCAAUUACUACCUGAAAUACAACACCCAAAUGAUGAAAACAGAGUAAUCUUUUUGAGUUUUGACUCGAGCCACAUUUUGAAAAAUAUUCGCACUCAGUUUCUUCAGAAGAAUUUUUUCUACAGGGGUAUAAUGAUCUCAAGCAAGCCCUUGAAAAAAUUGUACGAUGCACAGAAGCACUGUACAGUGAAACCUGUUCGAUGUCUGAACAGAAAAGUUGUUUACCCUUCGAACAUCGAAAAAAUGAAUGUGCAACGAGCCAAGUAUGUUUUUUCCCUUCCUCUGACAGCUGCAUUGAAGACUCUUCCUACAAUAGCACCUGAGUUAGUCGAAAACCACGAAAGCCUUGCUGAAACCAUACGGUUUUUGGAAUAUGUCAGAAAAUGGCACGAUAUUCACGAUGAAGCAGGCAUAUAUGUCAAGAAACACCGACAAACUAGUGUUCACAGAAUUUGACGAUGACAGACUGUCUUGGUUGCUAGAUACAUUCCUGCCUUACAUGGAAAAUAUCCAAAAGUCGAGCAGCAAACAAAAUAAACUAAGUGAAGAGACAUACGAAGCUCUAGUCGUGACAACUCAGGCAACUGUAAAAUGUAUACAACAUUUAAUAUCAGUUGGAUUUCAUUUCGUUUUAAGCAGGAACCUGAGCAGCGAUGACAUCGAACUUCUCUUCAGUCACUUGCGAAGAAAAGGUGGUUUCAACGAUAUGAUGGACGCAAGAGCAUGCAUGUAUGCAAUCGACACAACGCUAAAAACGGGUUUAAUAAAUCCUUCAGCUACAUCAAAUGUAGAAAGACAAACUUUCAAGACAUUGGAUGCAAUUGCACAUCACAAACGAAUAAGUGAGCUGAACACAGUAAUUUGUGAUGUUCCAGUUGAAGCAACAGGAAUUCUUGACGAAAAUCUUGAAGAAACUCCAGUAACGCUGCAAAUCGCGUCCUUAGCUAUGAUUGCUGGGUACUUGGUACGGGUUGCAGAAGAAAAUUUUAACUGUGCCUAUUGCCUAGAACAAAUAUCAACUCCCGAUUGUGACAGCCCGUUGCUCCGAUUGAUUAAAAUGCAAGAUCGCGGUGGUCUGCGGUACCCAUCUAGAAAAUUCGUUUUUUUCCUGAGCAAGAUACUAAAAUUUACUUGUGUCACUCUUAAACACUUAGGACGUAAACAGCUCAUCAAGAAGCUUAAAGUGUUUCUAGUGCCAAAGUUUCUUCAAUAUUUUAAGUGUUCACUGUGCAGUCAAGAAAAGCUUGCAAAUACCAUAAUAACCAAAUUUCUGAAGCCUAUUUUGGACAACGAAGCACGUUCGGUGACAGACAAAAUUGACAAACCAUCAAAAAUAUACAGAAAACCAUUGAGCCGCAAAAUUUUAAAACUGUAAGCGUAGUUCCAGGUGAGUAACAAUUAACACUUUAUUUGGUGUUACAACUGUUACAUUCAUUUUGUUUACGACUGCUUUAUCUUUUAGAAGUAUUUGAACAUAGGGCUUUAUUGUAUUUAUCAUAACAGUUAGUUCUAAACACCAAUUUCAUGAGUUAUAGGACCAACGGUAAUUUAAACAGAUGUUUCGCGCGGUUCCGUGUACUGCACAUGAGAGAGCUACCUAGCGGCGAUCUCUGGAACUGAAUCGUCUCGCGUUUUACAUCCUCUCCUUCCCGGCCUUGAAUAAUAACGUAGGCAACGGUGCUGGUCUGAAAAAAAAAAGGUUUUUUUUUUUUGGAAUAAGCUAACAUUUAACUAAGUAUUCUAUCAUUAUUGUAACAACACAUACAUUUUUGUUUAAAUCACAAUUGCCAAAAAUACUAGAAAUAUGCGAUUGCAUUUGUAACAAAAAAUUUGAAUCAUUAAAAAAAAAAAAAAAAAUAUAUAUAUAUAUAUGUGUGUGUGUGUGUGUGUAAUCUAUUCAUGUGUUCACUUAAAAAUAAAUACAAAUAAUGCAAUAGCCAAUUCAUAUAUUCCUAACUCUGUCGCCAGCCGAUAGUGCGCCUCUUAGUCGCACAGGCCGCGAUGCCUCACAAAGCCGUGUGCCACGAACACACCCACGUGUGUAACAUGGUGCAAAGAGUGUGAGUGCACCGAACGACCCGCAUCUAGCACCACUACCGGCCACAUCGGCGGAAGCACUCCGCCGGGUGUGGCAAUGUGCUUCCGCUAGACUAUAGCAUUCAAGGGCACAUGUUUUCUCCCCCAGACAUAAACUACGGAAUAUAUACCUAAUUCUUCAAACAUUUUUACUUAUUAAUGUAAUUGUUUAACGUGCGAAUAUGUCCUAAACUUGGCCGCGUCUGUUCCCCACGCGCUGCGCUUUUGGCGUGCAAUUAGCGGGCCCGCUGUAGCGCCGCGCUACACGAAAUCGCGAGUAUCCACCGGGAGCAACGUUGAGAGGUCAAUUUCGCGCCAAUUCCGUAGCCUCAUCUAGAGCGUGAGUUAUGACCCCCACCGGCCGUGCGUCACCGCGCAGGUCUUAACAGCCAUCGCGCGCCUAGCGCCAUCACAGCAGCAACGUCCACAACAUAUUGUUCUCCAUCAAACUCACCCUCUCACCAUUAUAAGCGGGGUCAUCACUGAACAGCCGUGCACGCGCAGAGCUCACUAGCCCCGAACAGUCGCGGCCAGGGGAUGGAUAGCACCAUGUAAGGUUUGAUAAGGAAUUAAAAACACACUUCACAUAGCGGAGUGUAUAAUUUGUAGUGUAGGGCAUCUUGGGUG